UGUCUGUCUGUCUGUUGCUCUCACUCUCACUCUCUCUGCCCCACUGUCUGUCUCUUGCACACUUCCUCUGUCUCUGUCUCUGCCUCUGCUUCCCUAAUUCAGGCAUGUGUUUAAAUACUCCCCCACUUCCCUGGAUAGGUGCAGCUCCAAUAACUCUCAAGAAGCUUGAUGCCAUCCAGGUCAAAUCAGUCUGCUUACUAGGCACUGCAUUCAUUCCCUCCACCAACAACCCUCAGCAGCAGUGUGUACUAUCUACAAGAUGCAGCGCAGAAAUUCAUCAAACAUCUUUUGACAGCAUCUUCCAAACUUACAAACACUUUCAUCUAGAAGGAUAAGGGCAACAGUUAUAUGAAAUCACCACCAUCUGCAAUCCUAGAAUUCUCUAAGGGCUUUCUGGGUCUUCCUACUGUAUAUAGACUGCAACAGUUCAAAAAGGCAGGUCACCACCGCCUUCUCAAGGGCAGCUAGGGACAGGCAAUAAAUCUUGUGAAUGAAUAUGGAAAAAAAAAACCACCACAAUUUUCUCCAGGCAAAAUUGUAGUAGCAGAAUAGGGUCAGGGAUUCUCUCUGCUUUUGAUUUUAAUGUUCCUGUCUGCUUUCAAGUCCCAUGUGAAAUAUCUGGGAAAAUUCAAAAUCCAUCAUUAGCUGCCGAACUUUAAAUAUGGUACAACAUGAUACAGAUUCUUUCUGCUUUUGUUGCUACACUUAUAGCACACCUUCAAGGUUUAAUGAAUUGGGUAAUCCAUGCAGGAAAAGUAUUCACUUGCUCCAAUGAGUAACUGAGCUAUACAGAUGAGAGGCACCAUUGUUCUGUUCUAAUCUCAUUACAAAUUUUUGCAGAGUUUUGUAAUUGUCUCCAGGAUCCUGGAGACAGUCAUCUAAGGCUCCCAAUUCCAUCAGUAGCCCUUAUUGGAAAAAUGUAUAUAGAUGUUAGAUUAGCAUGGAUUCAAAAUUGGCUGGAAUGUUUCCUUUGGUCAAAAAGCCUCACGUUAAGCUUGGUCAUCCAGCUGGAGUGUUGUAGAUUGCCUAGACCUGUGAAACUGAACCUUAAUGAGAAAUCAGAGGUUUUUAGGAAAGGGAAAUCAAAAAACAAAUUGGCAUGUGCCUGUUUUCUUCUUUUAAAUGAUGACUGCCUCAAGAGCUGGAGUAACAGUAUUCAAGAGGGAAUUGGCUAUGUUGGAAAGGGCAGAAAUUUGUAGGGUUAUAAUGAUAGGGGUGUGGAAAUAAUUUGAUAGUUACAGGCACAAAGUAUUGCUUUUAUUUCUUUCAAUGGUUUUUUUUUCCCUUUUAUGGGAAAUAACCUUUCUAUCUAUUUUAUUAACUUGGCUUUUUUGAAGAAACUUAGGGCAUAAGCCAUGGUUUUUUAAUGAGAACUAUUAUUUCUUAUUAAUUUAUGAGAAAAUUGGUAUUAGAAUUUGAACAACCUCUUAGAUUUAUGCACAGUUUGGAAUCGUCUUUAAUAAUACAGCACCUUCUGAAUCCCCAGAUGCAUAACCUUCUGGAAAUCAAAUGCCUACCUUAGACUAACCCCAUAAUUGAAAUUACAUACUGAUGGUUGGUUCAAGCUUGCUGGGAACAUUCUAAUUAUUUUGAUGGAUGUUUUUGUAAUAUAUUGUGUCAUUUUCUUGUAUAAGUAAUCUGUUUUACAGGUAGUCUGUCAGAUUGUACGUACACAGUGUUGGGAGGUAAUGAGCAGUCAGGAAGGUACGAGGUGAGGUGGAACCUUCAGUACACAAAAGUUUAGAUUGGAACAGUUCUGGUAGAGCUGUCUUUUCUUACUUUGAAUUUGUCUUAACUUUGAAGCAUUCUUUCAGUUUUAGUCAGUGUCUUCAUCUAGGAAUGUGACUCCAGGUCAAAGAAUCCUUCAUUGACCUUAGAGCAAAUUGGGAUGGUCUGAGGUCAUGGGAGAUGCUGUACAACUGCUCGUUCUCCGUUGCCCACCCUCAUUCCCAGACGCAUGCUCUAGAACUGGACUCGUGGUGACGAUGAAAAAUAGCAGUGAACCCCAGUUAGGUUGGGCUGUGCCCUGCACAAACUGGGCAGAAGGGUGAUCCUCUUUGAUAUCCACAAGCCCAUUCAGCAUGUGCCUGAUGCAAUAAUGUUUGUAAAGGGAGAUAUUUGCAACUACCAGGAAGUUGACCAUGUAGUAAGGAAUGUAGAUUGUGUUUUCCAUUUAGCUUCAUAUGGCAUGUCGGGGAGGGAACAACUAAAUAAAAAACUAAUAGAGGACAUCAAUGUUAGAGGGACAGAGCAUGUGAUCCAGGCCUGCCUGAACAAUGGGAUAUCAAGACUGCUUUACACAAGUACAUAUAACGUUGUGUUUGGAGGCCAAGUAAUUAAAAAUGGGAAUGAAUCUCUACCUUAUCUUCCGCUGCAUCUUCAUCCAGAUCACUACUCGAGGACUAAAUCUUUAGCAGAGAUGAAGGUGCUUCAAGCAAAUGGAACAAAGCUAAAGAAAGGCUCUGGUGUUUUACACACCUGUGCCCUACGUCCAGCAGGCAUUUAUGGACCUGGUGAGCAAAGACAUCUUCCCAGAAUAGUUAGUUAUAUAGAGAGUGGACUGUUCAAAUUUUUGUAUGGAGCAGCAGAUAGUUUGGUGGAAUUUGUCCAUGUUGACAACCUUGUUUCUGCACACAUACUGGCAUCAGAAGCUCUGACAGGAGGAAAAAAUUACAUUGCUGGUGGCCAAGCUUAUUUUAUCUCUGAUGGCAAGCCAGUGAACAACUUUGAAUUUUUCAAACCAUUAGUAGAAGGCCUUGGAUAUAAAUACCCCACAAUUCGGCUGCCACUUGGACUGGUCUAUUUUGUUGCUUUCCUCACUGAAAUCAUUCAUUUUUGUAUAGGUGGCAUUUAUAAUUUUCAACCAUUUUUGACUCGCACAGAAGUUUAUAAAACAGGAGUCACUCACUACUUCAGCCUGCAGAAAGCUAGGAAAGAACUAGGGUACAACCCACAGGAAUAUAAUCUUAGUGAAGUAGUGGAGUGGUUCAAAACACGUGGUCAUGGGCGGAAGGUAACUGGGUACAAUAUUAAAUGCUUUACAUGGGAUGUAAUUUUUUUAAUGUUGCUGUCUGCUGUUAUCAUGUCUUGGAUUCCAGUAGUUUCAGCAUAGUGAUCUAUGUAAUUUGUUUCAUUUGACAUUCCUCACUGCCUGGCCUCCAAUUGGGAUACCUUGAAAAUAGAGGCUACAGCCUGAGUGUCAGUAUGUUACCACAUCUCCAGGAAUUAACCAGACUACACUACACAUGACAAACCAAGGUAGAAACGUCUGGUUUAGUUUCUAAGUUGUCUAAAUGUGGCCCCUUUAUUGGCAAGAUCUUUAUUUUGGUCAGUUACUUUGUUAGGCAAACGAAUAAGGGAAAUUUAAAGAAAGCUUUGAGCACAUAGCACAGAAGACAAUACAGUGGUUGUCGUAUCCUCUAUUCUUACAAUCUUCGAUUGUCUGUUAGGCACAAAGAUGAGACGAAAUCCUUAAUGAUCUUUUAAACCCAAAGACAUCUGGGACAAUUUUGAUUAUAUAAUAGAGGUGAUUCACAAUAGGUAAGUUUGGAAUUACCUUUAUCCUCCAGAAUGCGUUGAGAGUAAGAAACCGAUGUCACCAUACUGAUGGGAGGCAAUAUUUCAUUGGUUUAAAUCCUUAUUUCCUUUUGAUUUUGCCUGUAAAGUUUAGGAUAAACAUUAAAAUUAAGUGUUAAAGAUGAAUUGAAAGGUUUUUUUUGUCACUGAACUACAGGAUACUGUUAAACAGAGUGUUAAAGCAAGUACAGCAAACAUUUUAUUAACUGGCACAUAUGGGACCAGGAGUGUGCCGGUUCAUCAAGAAGUCCACAUAUUCAAUGUAAAAAUGCACGGUAAUAGAACCGUAAUGCAGGUGGUAUGCACAUCACUGUUAAGCUUUAUUUGCAGCAUAAAUUACUUAAAUAAUAACGUGACUUUGCCUUAAAUAAAACUUAUCGGCAGAGAGCCUUCUUACUCGUAGCCUGAACUAACUACUUGGACAUCGCAAUAAUACAGUAAACUUCCAGUAUUUUAGGAAUUUUGUUUUGCUGAUUUGUCUAGAGUGCCGGUUAAAACAAAAUUUUCUGUAUUUGGAGUUAACUCACUAAAUGGAUAAAAGUAGGGAAUUAAAGACAUUAUUUGUAUUCUGAUCCUUCUGUGGAGAUACACCAUGAAGCACUUUACUGUUCAUACUGAAACUUGCGUGAAAUAGUUUAAGUGGUUUGAAGGUUAAAUUACAGUUAAAUUCAUGCUAUAAUCGUAGGAGUAUCUUAUUCUCUAAAGCAGCAUGACAUUAAAUGAUGACAUAAAUUAUGAUAAAUGUGGUAAUAUUUUCUUUUACCAUUUCUGCAUGCCUCAGUGUUUCUGAUCAUUACUAUUUGAAGCUUUUUUUUAAUGUAGAGGAAAAUUGUGGCUGUUUUGCACCAGUAGAUGAAGUGCCAGCCAGGCUUUGAUUUUGGAAUAAGGAUAUUAGGGCAAACAGGGAGAUUCUUAUACACUGGUGGCAUGAGUUCCUUGUCCAAGAGCAGGAAAAUAGGAACUGCAGCAGUACAGCGCUCACCCAAAGCUACACACAGUGUAGAUUGAGCUCAAAUUAUGAUCAGGAGGUUUUUGUCCCCUUCAGAGAGAUAAGAAUGUGACUUGAGGCAAACUAACAUGUUGCCAAAAAUAAAUGAUUGGUUAGCCUGUAUUGAGUAGCCCUCCUUCAAUCUUCCUUGGUCACAGAUGCAUGAACUUAAAUUUAUACUUAAUCACAUACCUGUAGUCAUGUGCUUUAAAAUUGAGAAAAAGAAUUCAGCUAGUUUAACAGUGAGAGACAUACUGAGAAAAAUAAAGCUUAUUUAAUAUAACACAUUAUAUUACCUGAGUAAUAGGUUUUGGAUAAUUCUUUAGGUUUUUAUCUGAUAUUGCAAAUCAUGUAGCUAUUCUGCUGAAAUAUGCAUAAUGGAUAUUGGUCUUCUUCAGAUCUUAUUUUAAAUUUGAAGUAAUUUCCUGCAAAUCAGUUGUUAACUAGAAAUAAUGAAAUUGAGAUGGUGCCCAUAUAAAUGUGCACAAUUGGUGCACCACUGAGUUGAAAUAGAACACUAUUUUAAGAGUAAUCAUUUAAAGAUCUGCUUCUUUGGUGUACUAAGCUUAAUAUCGUUUGUGCAGAUGCAGUGCUGUAAUUUUUUACUGUGAUUUGCAAAAGUGUAACCUUUGUUUAGUGUUCUGGUGUAAUGGUAGUUUUUUUUAGAAAAAGCCUUUUUUAACUAAUAAAUAUAUCCUUUGGACAGAAUCUGUUACGAUAAAUUUAAUGUACGUGAAUAUCUUAAAGAUGCCUAUUUAAAUAGUAAGUUCCAGCUAACCUUUUAAAGUGUUUUAUGUAUGAUACUUAAAUGACAAAAUUAAAAAGAAAUGAAAUGA